AUGGCGUGGUUUAGUGGGAAAGUCUCUUUAGGGAAUUUCCCUGAUUUUGCUGGGGCUGUGAAUAAACUCAGCGAGAGCGUUAAGAACAUCGAGAAGAAUAAACUAUGCCGCGAACCAGAUGAAGAGAAAUCUGACGCCACCAGUAGUACAGCUGAAGGAUUGUGGCCAUCAGCUACGGACAGGAAAUCACCGUUCGAUCCGAUCAUGGGAUUUAUGGGGAAUAAAGAUGAGGACAAUACUGUUGAAUCAUUGGAACAGUCUAGUUCCUCAAAGCCUGCAUCUCCUUUUAAGGAAGAAGAAUCUAGUUCCUCAAAGCCUGCAUCUCCUGCUAAGAAAGAAGAAUCCAGUGUCUCAAAGCCUUUGUCUUCUGUCAUGGAAAAAGAAGAUAUUGACAAUGAUAGUUCUGCUAAUAUUACAACUGAUAAAAAUCCUCCUGCGGAUGAACCUAAUGAAGAAACAAAAAAGGUUGAUGUACUGCCAGAACCUGCAGAGGAAUCGAAAGACAUCAGUGGGAAGCAAAAAGAUGCUGCUGCAGAAGAAAUCAGUGAAGGUGAUGCGGAUUCACAACCAGUGCCUGUUAAAUUAUCUGAACAAAAUGUUGAGCUCGUUGAGCAAACAGAACCUGUAAAGAACUUUCAAGAGAAGAUAUUGGAAGAAGAACUGCAUAAAACGUUGGAGUUGGUUGAACCAGAUUCGGCAAGUCCUAUGAGUCAGAUUGAAGUUACUGCUGCUGCAUCUGCAAUUAAUGAAGUUAGUGAUUUGGUGGAGAGCACAGAUGAGCAUAAGUCACAAGAAGAAGAUGUGAAGGAGAUUUCUACAGUCCAAGAUUUGAAUGUACUAACUGAUGACCAAGCUGAGAAAGGAGAGCCAGCAGGUUCAGAUUCUCCCAUUUCUGAUGAGGUGAGAAUUCCCAAAGAUUAUUCUGAAAGCAGCUUGCCUGCCAUGCAACAUGAAGAUGCAAAGCCUUCAGUGGAGGUACAUGAAAAUGAUGCUGUUAGUAAAUCUGUUGAGGUGGAGCAGCAAAUAACUAUAGAAAAUGACGUAAAAGAGCAGCAGUGCUUGAGUUCUGGAAGCAACUCAUCUGAUGUUGAAGAGUCUGCAGCUGAAUUGGAGAAGUUAAAGAAGGAUAUGAAAAUGAUGGAAAUUGCAUUGCAAGGGGCUGCUAGACAAGCUCAGGCCAAAGCUGAUGAAAUUUCAAAGUUGAUGAAUGAAAAUGAGCAGCUAAAGGCCUUGAUUGAAGAUUUGAGGAGGACAAAAUCAAAUGAAGCAGAAAUUGAAUCUCUCCGGGAGGAGUAUCAUCAAAGGGUGGCAACACUUGAAAGAAAGGUUUAUGCUCUCACUAAGGAAAGAGACACACUACGUAGAGAGCAGAAUAAGAAAAUUGAUGCUGCAGCUCUUUUGAAGGAAAAAGACGAAAUAAUCACUCAGGUUAUGGCCGAAGGUGAAGAACUUUCAAAAAAGCAAGCUGCUCAGGAAUCUCAGAUGAGAAAAUUAAGGGCACAGAUUAGAGAGCUUGAGGAAGAGAAGAAAGGAUUGCUUACCAAACUACAGGUUGAAGAGAACAAAGUAGAAAGCAUUAAAAGGGACAAGGGAGCAACUGAGAAAUUGCUGCAAGACACUAUAGAAAAACACCAAGUUGAACUUGCAACUCAAAAGGAAUACUACACAGAUGCUUUGAAUGCAGCAAAGGAAGCUGAAGCAUUAGCAGAGACAAGGGCUAACACUGAAGCAAGAACUGAAAUGGAGAGUCGUCUUAGGGAGGCUGAGGAUCGUGAAAGUAUGCUAGUUCAGGCACUUGAAGAAUUAAGGCAAACUCUGAGCAGACAAGAGCAGCAGGCAGUUUUUAGAGAAGAUAUGCUUCGUAGAGACAUUGAAGAUCUACAAAAGCGAUAUCAAGCAAGUGAGCGUCGGUGUGAGGAGUUAAUAACACAAGUUCCUGAGUCUACGAGGCCACUUCUGAGGCAAAUUGAAGCUAUGCAGGAGACAGCUUCCAGAAGGGCAGAAGCUUGGGCGGCUGUUGAAAGGUCCCUCAAUUCCCGGCUUCAGGAAGCAGAGGCCAAAGCUGCAGCUGCAGAGGAAAAGGAACGAUCUAUUAAUGAGCGUUUAUCUCAAAAUUUAUCACGAAUAAAUGUUCUUGAAGUUCAGAUAUCGUGUCUUAGGGCUGAGCAGACACAGCUAACAAGAUCUGUUGAAAAAGAGAGACAGAAGGCAACAGAACAUAGGCAAGAAUAUCUUGCUCUGAAGGAGGAAGCUGACACUCACGAAGGUCAUGUGAAACAACUUGAAGAAGAAAUUAGGGAACUAAGAAGGAAACACAAAGAGGAGUUGCAAGAAGCACUGUCACAUCAGGAACUUCUGCAGCAGGAGCUAGAACAGGAGAAAGCCGCUCGUUUGGAUCAAGAAAGGGCUACUCGCCUUCAAUAUUCUGCCAUGUCUGACCAAAGCCCAAUAGCGACGCAAAAAUCUGCAACAUUUGACAAUGGGAAUAUGUCUCGUAAGCUUUCAAGUGCGAGCAGCUUGAGCAGCAUGGAAGAAAGCUAUAUUCUGCAAACAUCAUUGGACUCAUCUGACAAUUUGCAUGAACGUAGAAAUACUUCAGAGGGUACCAUGAGCCCAUACUAUAUGAAGAGCAUGACAACAAACACUUUUGAAGCUGCUCUUCGUCAAAAGGAGGGGGAGCUUACAUCUUACAUCUCUCGACUGGCAUCUAUGGAAUCCAUUCGCAAUUCUCUUGCUGAGGAGUUGGUCAAAAUGACUGCACAAUGUGAGAAGUUACGAGCAGAAUCUGCCAUGCUGCCUGGCUUAAGGGCAGAGCUAGAAGCUCUAAGAAGGAGACAUUCAGCAGCAUUGGAGUUGAUGGGUGAACGUGAUGAAGAGUUGGAAGAACUGCGUGCGGAUAUUGUUGAUUUGAAGGAGAUGUACAGAGAACAAGUAAACUUACUCGUAAAUAAGAUUCAGGGGCUAAGUUCUUCAAUCAGUGCUGCCUAA